AUGGUCUGUGGCGACAUCGCUCGUGACUAUCCCGACAUUUCCCUACCAUGCCCGAACCGGUAUCUUCACCCAAUAACACCACACGAUCUGCCCCGUUACCGAAGCCGUGCUACUACUGUCAAGAAGAAGCAGGACCGUGUGCUGUGGCCGCUCACAACCACAUUCCCCCAUAAGGUCUCAGAAGGAAAGGUACAAGUGGAAUCACUGGGAGAAUGGGUUCCGUCUACUCACGCGGAGGGAUCUCUGUACUUUUUUCACUCGGGAAGAAGAAUAUGGACGAAUGCUUACAUGUAUGAGGCGUUCUAUCACGAGGAGGUCGAGGCAUGCGCAGCCUACUUAGAGUACUGCCACGACGUUUUCACGGACGAAGGCUUUUCUCUACCAGCUGAUUACGAGCUAGUGAUUGACAUCGGCCCGUCAAAAUUUGACGACAAUGAUCUCUACUGGAACUACUACUACGUAGAUCAUGCUACUCGCACUAUCUUCUGGCUUCAGCAUUACAUUCUAUGGCGAGAACUGGAUGCUGUCACGAGCGAACUAUCCGCAGACCAUCUAGCACACAAAUUCAGACAAUUCUAUUGGCGUCACGUCUUUUACUUUCCUGAGGGAAGGCGUAAUUUGUGCACGUACUUUGGCGAGGACGUCUGGAGCCAGUUGCUCAGCUUUAUGCAUUUCACUGCUCUAGACACAAUCCUCUCAUCGAGAAGCACUAGUGUCUAUUCAGAUACGGAGCUGGGCCAAAUGAGGAAGAUGGUGAAGCUCGCGCGCGAUCAAUCCAGAGAGAACACAUUGCUUUCCGAACAGUUGUCUGCCGUGGCUCGUAUACAGAUGUUCUUUGCAGAGCAGCGGUUCCUGUACGCACACGGUCAACUGCACGUACGACUCAAGAACAAUGUCAGAACACACCCCGAUGAAGCUGGACGCAAACAGAAGUCCUGGCUGUUCAGCGCAAUCGGAUUGGCACUGUUUCGCGCGCCUCUCACUCUUCUCGAGGACCUGCAUGAUAUCACGGGGGAUAGCAUGAUGCAAGAUGAUGCUUGGCGAAAGUACUUCAAGCAGUUAUUGGCUGACUGGGACAGAUUGGUUCUGCAAGGUACUGUUAUCUUGACCGCGAACGUAUCCUUCUUGGCUAUCCCCGAUGUCAUUCACUUUCCGGGGCAACCCAGCGGGGAUGGGCCAAACUCCGCCAUACAGCCAUGGGACUGGGUCAGGCCUCAAUUCACUUGGAGUGGGCUAUUGUCCUAUAUCAGCACAUUGCUAGCACUAGGAAGCGUCAUGGCCGGGCUGUUCCUCGCCCGUCUAAAUAGAUCUCAAACUGAACACUAUACUGACACGACUGACACAGGCGAAUACAUGUAUCGCCAUACGUCGUCCCUAUUCGGUCUUGAACCAAUUGCAAUCAUAUACAGUCUACCUUAUGCCCUGCUUAUAUGGGGGACUGGGUUCUUCCUAGCCGCUUUACUCAGUUUCACGUUCGACAGUACGGACACAGCAACUCGCAGCGUCGUAGGAGCGGGAGCAAUGGCUCUGGCCCUUGAUCAAGAGAUCCAAUGCAUACGAAUGGAUCGCGGACACAAGUGGUUGCUUUGCAUUUCAUCUCGUUUCAAACGAGCUACAAUGACGAAAGUUAGGAAGACUACGGAACAGGACCACGAGGGAUCGCGACGCGAGGCAGACAGUCUUGGAGUAUGA